GGGGAGGCUGGCGCUGAGCUGACCAUUCCUGUCCCUACAGGCACCACCGUCUGGCUCGAGCAGCACCAGAAAUUGCUGGGUGAGAUAAACUGUGCAGGGGACAAGGUGUUGGUGGCUCGAGGUGGGCAGAGCAGCAACCCCAGCAACCAGUACAAUGGGCAGAAGGGACAGGGACACAUUGUGAAGCUGGAACUGAAGCUGUUGGCCGAUGUGGGUCUGGUGGGCUUCCCUAAUGCUGGCAAGUCCACACUGCUGUGGGCCAUCUCCAGGGCCAGACCCAAGGUGGCCAGCUACCCCUUCACGACGCUGCAGCCGACCCUGGGUGUGGUGGAGUACAGUGACAUGCGGCGGCUGACCAUCGCUGACCUGCCAGGACUCAUUGAGGGUGCCUGGGCCAACGUGGGGAUGGGGCACCGCUUCCUGCGCCACGUGGAGCGGACACACUUCCUCCUCUUUGUGGUGGACAUCAACGGCUUCCGGCUGUCACCCAAACAGCCAUACCGCUCACCCACCGAGAAUGUCAUGCUGGUCAACAGGGAGUUGGAGCUGUAUUCACCUGACCUGCUGAGUAAGCCAGCACUCCUUAUGGUGAAUAAGAUGGACUCUCCCAAUGCUGAGUCUCGCCUGCAGGAACUCCUUCACAACAUUAAGAGGAUGGAGGACUAUGUGUUGUGUUGCUCCUGUGGUGCCAAACUCACAGAGAACUCAUGGGAUAACUUUGUAAACAUCUCCAUUCCACUGUCUGAGGCAUCCCAGCUGGUGACCAUCCUGGGACACCCCCACCUCAUGGUCCAGACCCUCAGGAACCCUGCUGACCUUGCUUUUGACUUGGUGACUGUCAGGAGGUCAGGCUGCUCAGGAGUGGGAGAGGAUAUUUGAACCAGAAACCAAAGCCAGCACAACCCACUUCAAAGCUUCCUUGGAGGGUUUCUAUGGAUUCAUUCUAGAGAAACUGGUCACUGAGAAAUUUUCAGACUCCUCAUUGGCCUUCCCAAGCACCAGCAGUUUUAGCACAAUGGCACAAGACAGGUAGGACAUGGUGCCUCUCGACCUCGAGCUUCUGGCUGAGCUGGAGGAGGAAGCAACCUCUCAUUAUACUGAGGAGGAUAACCAGUUUACAGAGCACUGCAAGAAGAGCCUGCCUAAGCCGCCAAUACUCCCUGCUGACAGAUUUGACCGCAACAGACAGUGCAGAGGCAACUUUAGGCAUCAAGACUACAGGAAGGAAGGAGGCUGCAGGGAUCAAGGGGAGUACAGAGGUCAUGGGAAUUAUAGGGAUCGUGGGAAUUACAGGGAUCACAGGAGGGAAUAUUCUGACCACAGGCAAGGGAGGUUUGUCAGUGACCACAGAGAUCAUGAUGACAGCAGAAGGGAUAGCGAGAAGAGGAAGUACAGGUCUGAGAAGGAGAGUGAUGAGUAUGGAAGAAGGAAUUACCAGUCCAGCAAAUACUACAAUGGGUGGGGGGGGUGUCAUCCUGUUGAGUUUUGUGAAUCCAGUGGCUGGUAUAUUUAUCUUUCAUCAGGGACUUCACGCAAGCUUCCACGCCAUUAAUUCUUUGACCAUUACCAAAGGUUACUGACAUUUAAUUUACAUUUAAAUGCCUGCCUGCCUGUCUGUUCAUAUCUUUCUCUCACAACGUACUCACCAUUCACUUGUGAACAUUUAGAUUUUUAGGAAAUAUUUUUGAGCAAGUUCCUUCAUCACAAGGCAACCAUCUACUAAAAAGAAAGAAAAAUGGAAUAUAUGUUGGCAUUUCCUUGAUUGCUUUUGGUGUUAGUGUGUGACUUUCCAGAGUGACAAUACAAGUGUUAUCCCCACUACAAGUCAUGCACUAUAUAUAACAUCACUGAGUAUCUUUUCUCUCAUUUUCAUAUAAAUGUUUGUAACAUUUUCAUAUAAAUGUAUGCUAACUUUUAUGUGGACUUGCUGUAAGAUUUUUUAAAAGUAAAGUAUUUUUCCAAUUUACGAUUAUAUACUAAAAACCUCCAAGAAAAGUAUUUUUCCAAUUCACGAUUAUAUACUAAACCUUCACCUCCAAGAUAAGACGUGAUGGUUCAUAACGUGCACAGGAAUGGCAUCCAACAAAGUAAUUGUUGCCAAAGCCUCCAGUAAUCCAGAACCUUAAGAAAGUUGCAACCCCCACUUUAGUCUGAAAUUUUUAUACUGUAUGUCUGCAUAAUUAUCAAGUUCAUCCCCAUGCAGCCUCAGCACACCAAGGCAAGGAGAUACCGUGAAGGAUUAGACCAAACAUUAACACAGGUAAAUCUUUAAACGUACACUAAAUCUUAAGAUGGCAAGGCAACAACUACUUUUUGUUGGAUACUGUUGUAAUAUGUAGUUUUUAUUCUCACCCAAACUUUCUGGCAUAAAUUAAAGAUGAAUGAUGUAUAAGGCUGCCACAAUUUGUAAAGAAAAUACUGACUGAUGUUAAUAAUAUGGAUUUAAGAAGUAAAUGUAAAAUAAACCUCUGCAUGAAUGACAAGACUUUUCUGUAGAAUGUGUUGGUUAGUGUGGUGAUGACUGCUGCUGCUGCUGCUGCUACCGCUGCAGGUCAAGUGGCUUCUUGGGACUGUGCGUCACAGUACUCCUUGAUUUCUGAAAUAAACAUUGAAUCAU